AUGCCCGUGGGUACGAGACCGAAAGACUAUUAUUUUAUUGAGGAAGUUGGCUCAGGUCGCUCGUUAAACGCCGACUGCGGCGAUCAACUUAAUCCAUUACCAUUUUAUACUGUCGUUAAGGAGACGGCAGAAGUAUGUGUGGGGACGUCGGUGGGCACGAUCACCGAGCCUGACUGCCUCGGCCCCUGCGAGCCUGGUACAUCGGUCACGCUGGAGGGCAUCGUGUGGCACGAAACGGAAGGAGUACUGGUGGUGAAUGUGACGUGGCGAGGGAAGACUUACGUCGGGACACUGUUGGACUGUACCAGACAUGACUGGGCGCCGCCACGAUUUUGCGAUUCUCCUACGGAGGAAUUGGACGCCCGGACACCGAAAGGACGGGCGAAACGCGGUCGCGGCGCCGCGCCCACAGACAUGACGAACUUCACAGAGACGCGUUCUUCAGUCCAUAGCAAAUUAAGGAACGGCGGUGCAAAGGGACGGAGAGCGCUGCCCUCACCCACACCCUUCACACCUCCAAGACCGGACUCCAAAAGAAAACGGAACUCUGACGCUGAGGAGAGACCCCCUACUCCUAAAGCGAAACGUCCACCGCCCACGACAUCCUCUCCACCUCCUGACCCGGUGCUGCUAGAGUGUCCAGAGCCGAACUGCUCCAAGAAAUACAAGCACGCGAACGGUUUGAAGUAUCACAGAUCACAUGCACACGGGUCGCCCGAUGAAGAGGACAAAGACGGCUCGAGCUCAGAGCAAGAAGAAACUGCGACUGAACCCGCGUCACCGGCGCGGCCGCCUUCAGCACCCGCCACACCGGCCACUCCGGUGAAAUCCCCCACACCCACUAAGUCACCUGAAGAAAAAAGCGAUAAGUCGCCAGAAAAGUCUCCGGAAAAGACGGAACCAGUUGAAUCACCCCCACAGCCGAGGUUCGAGGAGUUCGCGUCAACACCGGAGCCUCAACCAGUGAACGAGCGACCGCCGACACCUGCCGCGCCGACCACACCCCCGCCUGAAUCUCAUCCUCCACAACAGCCUACUACACAGUUGACACAGUUCAAGGUGAAGCCGCGGUCUGCACUAAUGCCGUCUGAGGAGCGUAAGUCAACUGAGUCUCCAGACGGGUCUCCGGGGAAGCGUCGUCGUCGUUCCCCGACUCCGGGCGUGAGGUCACCCGCCUACUCCGAUAUCUCCGACGACGCUGCACCACCGGAGGGCGCCGCUGACGCUGAACACAGAACCUUCCCGGUCUAUCAUCAGUAUUACGGACAGUCGCCGUACCUGCCGCCGUCGCAUCCUGCCACCGCGCCUCCCACGGAUAAGGGAAAAGAAGACCUCUCAAAAGACCCCAAAGCUGACCUUAAGGACGGUAAACCCGAAGGUGGUUCUCAGAAGGUGUUGCCCCCCCACUUCUAUCCAUACAAUUAUGUCCCAAAUUUUCCCUACAACGUGGAAUCCGGGCCCCCUCCUGGAGCAGCCCUAGAUGAUAAAUCCAAAGAAUCAGAUCGAUCUAAAACAACACCCAGUCCGUUAGACAAGAACAAGCAGUCGAGGAACUCGGACGGAAAGGACCCGUCCAGGCCGAAUGAAAACCAUCAGAUAUUAAAAGAGAGUAUAGAAAUGAAAGCUCAGAUGGGACCUUACGCCUUCCAACGACCGCCGCACGCGAGGGAGGAGGAAUUAAGAAGGUAUUACAUGAGUCUGGACCAACGUCGUAAGGAAGGUGGUGAUGGGAAGCAAGUGGGACCUGGCGCGACCUCUGGAGGAGUGAGACCUCAACCGGCACACAAACCCAAGGACAAAGACGACAAGCCUAAAGAGGAAGUUAAAGUGAAACAAGAAGGCCAAAAACCAACGACGGAGACUCAAGGUCCUCCUCCGCCCCCCACUUCCCAAUACUAUCUCCCGCCAUACAUGCAGCCGCCGCACUACGGGGCUUUGCCCUUCGACCCUGUAUACCGCGCGCCGCUCAGCCCCAUGCUAGUGCCUGGCUUCGGCGGCGGCUGGACCGUGCCUCGCUACCACGCGCCCGAGGAUUUAUCACGGCCUGGGGCACCCGCUAAAUUGGAAUUACUACCUGGUCAUGGAGCACAAUACUAUGGACCGCAUGCACCUCACGCGAAUCACGCGCCACACGCGCCUCAUCCGCCCCCACAUAAGAUACAUGAACUGCAAGAACAUGCGAAGUCUCCGCAAGGCAAGCCGCCAAGGCCGGAGCCUCCGAAGGACGCCCCUCGGUCUCCGCCCCCGCAACGCCACGUACACACACAUCACCACACACACGUAGGACUCGGCUACCCGAUAUACCCGCCGCCGUUCCCUGCGGCAGCCGUACUGGCGAGUACCCAGGCGGUAGUCAACUCCUUCCCGACGCCGCCAAAAUGA